CGCAUCAAAAAGUCGACACUUCACGACUCGCUCGACCAAGACCUGCGAUCAGGCAGCAUGGCACAAGAUGAGGCGCCCAAGAACCCAUAUGCAGACUACUCAUAUAGCGCAAUGUCGAACCUUGUCACAAAAGCCGACCGGCGGCAAAUAUCGAAGCGUGAUGGCGAAACGACCGGCGAGCCAGAGACACUGGCGGGUCGCAUAGACAUCAGAGAGAUGGGUGCACGCGCGAGAGCCCCACCUAGCAUCAAGCCGGAAGCAUCAAAUCGAUCUGUGCCGGAACCAAGCACGCGAAAGAGAAAGCAGUCAAACUUUCAACAUGCAUCCAUUCUUGAGGCGACAGCAGGAUUAGAGGGGCUCAGGUAUCGUCCGGUGACGAGUGAGAAUCGUGAUCUAUACGACACAUUUCUGGCCCUUGUCUCCAACCUGCUUGGCGACCAGUCGCCCGACAUUAUUCGCUCUGCAGGCGACGUCGCCAUUGAAACGAUCAAGAAUGCUUCUUUGAAAGAUCUCGAUAAAAAGCAAGAGAUUGAAUCAGUCAUCGGUGGAGCCAUCAGCGAGGGAGACUUUGUCAAACUGUGUCAAAUCGCAGGAAAAAUUACAGACUUUGAGCGGCAGGUGGAUGCGGAGGAAGACUUGGACGAAAACACUGGAGUCGCUGUCAUUAUCGGUGAAGAGGAAGAGGAUGAACAAAGAUCAUCUGCGAGUGAGUCUGAGUAUGAAGAAAUGGAAGGCGAUGAACUCGACGACAGUGUAGAUCAGCUUCAAACCGGGGGUCAGGUGGAUCUGCGGCAAGAGCGCGUCCGAAUACAAGAAAUUGAUGCAUUGUGGCUAUCGAAAGAGAUUGCGAAAUACUACUUGCAGCUUGAGUCCAAGCUCAUACAGGGCAAGGCGCAUUCUGCACUGGAGCUGCUCGAGUCUCCCAUUUCUGCCGGCCUGCUGGAGAAUGACUUGAUGGAGCUGUUUGACUACGACAAGUAUCCGCUUGUCAGUAAGCUCAUCGAGAAUAGAGCGGUCAUCGUUUGGGGCAUGCGGCUAAGCACUGCCUCUGACAAGGAGCGGCCUCAAAUACAAGCCAAAAUUGAUGAGCUCGGUUUAAGUGCAGUCAAGCAAGAUCGUGGAGCAAGCGAUUCGCAAGCAAUGGAAGUUGACCCAGCUGAGCAGAAACCUCUGCAUUUGGUGGAGCUAGAGGACCUUGCAUUUUCCGAAGGCAACCACCUGAUGAGCAACAAAAAGGUGACCUUGCCAGAGGGCAGUUUCAAGCAAUCUCAUCCUGCAUACGAGGAAGUCCAUGUUCCUGCCCCGAAACGUCGCCCUGAUGAUGCAGACCCCAAAGUCCCCAUUACCGACUUGCCACGAUGGGCUCAAGCGGCGUUUGGCAAUACCACAUCUCUCAAUCGCAUUCAAAGUCGCAUGUAUUCUACGGCAUUUGGCAAAGACGAAAAUCUAUUGCUUUGUGCACCGACAGGCGCCGGCAAGACCAAUGUUGCAAUGCUUUGUAUACUCAAUGAACUGGCCAAGUAUCGCCUUGAGGAUGGCUCCUUUGACUUGAAGGCUUUCAAGAUUGUAUACGUUGCACCGCUUAAAGCGCUCGUGUCUGAGAUGGUGGGCAACUUCUCUUCGCGCUUAUCUUCUUAUGGCGUGCAGGUCUCUGAGCUGACUGGCGAUAGUCAACUGACAAAGCGGCAAAUAUCUGAUACACAAAUCAUCGUUACGACACCUGAGAAAUGGGAUGUCAUUACCCGCAAGGCGACAGAAACAUCUUACACAAACUUGGUAAGACUUUUGAUUAUUGACGAGAUUCACCUGCUUCACGAUGACCGUGGUCCAGUCCUAGAGAGCAUCAUCUGCCGUGCGCACCGUGUAGCAGAACGAGGAGCGCCGCCGAUACGUCUCGUGGGUCUCUCAGCAACGUUGCCCAACUACCAGGACGUUGCUACCUUUCUGCGCGUUGAUCCUGCCACAGGCAUUUUUUACUUUGAUCAAACGUACCGGCCAUGCCCUCUUCAGCAGCAGUUCAUUGGUCUCACCGAGAAGAAGCCCAUCAAGCGCCUCCAGAUGAUGAACACUGUGUGCUAUCAAAAAGCACUGGAAUCAGUAGCUAAAGGUAACCAGGUGCUCAUCUUUGUGCAUUCGAGAAAGGAGACAUACAAGACUGCCAAAUUUAUUCGUGAUGAAGCUCUCGCCCAAGACACCAUCCAGCGUAUCCUCAAGUCUGAUGCGGCAAGUCGCGAAAUUCUGACGCGUGAGUCUGAAGCCGUGCGUGAUGCAGGUCUCAAAGAGAUGCUGCCUUAUGGUCUGGCGAUGCAUCACGCUGGCAUGUCAAAGGCAGAUCGUACAACUGCAGAAGAUUUAUUUGCUGAAGGUCUUGUGCAAAUCUUGGUGUCUACAGCGACACUAGCUUGGGGAGUCAAUCUUCCAGCGCAUACGGUCAUCAUCAAGGGAACUCAGGUCUACUCCCCCGAAAAAGGCACAUGGGUGGAACUCUCGCCGCAGGAUGUGCUGCAAAUGUUGGGUCGCGCUGGGCGCCCUCAAUAUGACACAUUUGGCGAAGGUAUCAUCAUCACCAAUCAGGCUGAACUUCAGUACUACCUCAGCCUCAUCAAUCAGCAGCUUCCUAUCGAGUCGCAAUUCGUGUCGCGCUUGUCAGACAACCUCAAUGCUGAAGUUGUUCUUGGCUCCAUCAAGUCGCGAGAUGACGCAGUGAAAUGGCUUGGAUGCACCUACCUUUUUAUCCGCAUGCUACAGUCCCCUGCAUUGUACAAAGUUGGCGCAGACUACGAAUCCGACCCGCUACUUGUACAGAAAAGAGUCGACCUGGUGCAUUCUGCAGCAACAGUGCUUGCUCGAUGUCAGCUUGUCAAGUACAACGUUGUCACAGGCUCUAUUGUAGCCACCGAACUUGGUCGGAUUGCAUCCCAUUACUAUGUAUCUCACGCGUCCGUCAAAACAUACAAUGCUCACUUGCGCUCCAACAUUACGCAUAUCGAUCUAUUUCGCAUUUUUGCGCUCUCUGACGAAUUCAAGUACAUCCCCGUCAGAGAAGACGAGAAGCUUGAAUUGGCCAAGGUCAUGGAGCGAGUGCCCAUCCCUGUGCGCGACUUGCCGGACGAGCCAUCGUGCAAAAUUAAUGUCUUGUUGCAAGCACACAUCUCUCGACUCAAGUUGGAUGGAUUCGCUCUUGUUGCAGACAUGGUGUACGUGACGCAAUCUGCCGGCCGUAUUAUGCGAUCUAUCUUUGAAAUUUGCUUGAAACGCGGCUGGGCUGGCGUGGCUCGACUAGCACUGGAUAUGUGUAAGAUGAUUGAGAAGAGUCUCUGGCAUACGCGCUCGCCACUGGCUCAAUUUAAGGAGUGUCCUGCAGACUUGUUGCGGAAGCUUGAGCGCAAAGAUUUCCCUUGGCCGCGCUACCUGGACCUGGACCCACAGGAACUUGCCGAGUUGACUGGCGACAGCAAUUCUGGCAGACUAGUCCAUCGUCUCAUUCAUCAGCUGCCUCGUUUGCAAGUUGCUGCCAAUGUUCAGCCCAUUACCUCUACGCUGCUUCGUGUUGAACUGACGAUUGUUCCCGAAUUCGAUUGGACAAGUGAUGGCGCUGAAGCCUUUUGGAUCAUCGUCGAAGAUGUAGACGGCGAGCAGGUGCUCUAUCACGAUCAGUUCGUCCUUCGCCGACAAUACGCGACUGAAGAGCACACAGUCGACUUUUGCAUCACUGUGACAGACCCAACACCGCCGCUUUACUUUGUCUCGCUCAUUUCAGACCGAUGGAUGCAUUCAGAAACCAAGAUUGCGAUCCCGCUGCGCAACAUGGCUUUGCCAUCAAAGUUUCCGUCACACACGCCGCUAGUCAGUAUGGAGUCUAUCACAACGGAGGCGUUUCAAGUGCCAGAGUUUGUUGCACUGUAUGAUCACCAUCUCAACAAGGUUGAGACGCAAACGUUCAAUACGCUCUUCAAGACGGACGAAAGUUGUCUCAUCGCUGUACGCCAGGAUCUGACAUUUUGUGCCGAAGUUGCUAUAUUGAAGCUAUGGCUCGAUGGCGGCAAAGCCUUGUUUCUUGACAUGUCACAAGACAAGCUUGAGCGUUUGUCGCGCCACUGGCAAAAAUUUGAGAAGCUGGGCAAAACGGUUGUGCUACUGGCGGACGAGAGCGCUGAAAAUCUGCGGCUGCUUCAAAGUGGAGACCUGAUUUUGUCGACGCCCAAGCGCUGGGAAGAAUUGUCGCGCCGCUGGAAGCAGCGCAAAAAUGUACAGGCUGUGCGGCUUAUCAUUGCCUCUGAUUUGCACAAGCUUGGCGGUGUCAAUGGUUCAUCUUAUGAGAUUUGUCUCUCCAGAAGUCGCUACAUGUCAGCGCAACUGGAGACGUCUACGCGCAUCAUUGCGCUGAGUGUUUCACUAGCCGAUGCACGCGAUCUGUCAGACUGGCUCGGCAUUAGCAAGGCCAAUCUGUUCAACUUUUCGCCUGCUGCUCAGGAGACUGUCUGCGAUAUCACACUUCAGUCCUUUAGCAUCCCGCAUCACCCGUCGUUGAUGAUUGCCAUGGCCAAAGCUGCAUCUGAGAUGCUUGAUUCAACAAUCAUAUUUGUCUCGGACCGCAAGCAGUGCCUAGAUACGGCCUUGGAAUUGGCUCACAUUUACCAAAUUACAAACACGCCCGCAGAGUUCGAGACUGGCUUUGACGCUCCUCUCGAUACUGCUGUUAAGUGCGGCAUUGGCUAUAUUCAUGAAGCUUCUGAGGCCAAGGACAUUGUACAGCUCGAAAAGCUCUUCACGAGUAAAGUCAUCCGCUGCCUGCUCGUGUCCACUUUUGCCAUGGACAAGACUAUUGUCCAUGCAGAGCAUGUCAUUAUCAUGGACACACAGCAUUUUGAUGGUUCGCAACAUCGAUAUACAGACUAUCCUGUCAGCGAUAUUUUGCAAAUGCUCCAAACGACCACAUCGGCAGUCAUUAUGUUGCCAGCUGCCAAGAAGGCCUACUACAAAAAGUUCAUUGACGAGGCGCUUCCAAUUGAAAGUGGGUACUUGCAGGCGGUACACGACAACUUUUGCACUGAGAUCAGCAUGCAAACUAUUGAGACGAAACAAGAGGCGGUGGACUGGCUUACAUGGACACUCUUUUACCGGCGACUCAGCGCUAAUCCGGCCUUUUAUGGGCUUGAAGAGCCCUCGCACGAAGCGCUCUCCGUCUACCUGUCUGACCUGGUGGAAAGCACACUCGCUGAACUUGUCGAGGGCAAUCUCAUCUCUCUGGAUGAAGACGAGAUGCAAGUCGAAGUGCUCAAUCUCGGCAUGAUUGCCGCCCACUACGCCAUCUCGCACAUUACCAUGCAGACGUUCGGCUUAUCUUUGACGGCGCGGACCAAGCUCAAGGGAUUACUGGAAAUUUGCAGUGCAGCGUCUGAAUUUGACGCUCUUCCCGUUCGCAAAUAUGAGGAUGUCGUCUUGCGUCGCAUUUAUGAUCGAUUGCCAGUCAAGUUGGACAUUCGUUUUGACGACCCACACCACAAAGCAUUCAUUCUCAUGCAAGCCCAUUUUUCGCGUUUCACCUUGCCAGCUGAUCUGCAGCUUGAUCAAUGCUACAUUCUGCCAGUAGCUGUGCGAGUCUUGAGCGCUUGCGUUGAUGUGAUGUCCUCGGAAGGCUUCAUGAACGCUGUCAAUGCUAUGGAAAUGUCGCAAAUGCUUGUUCAAGCAAUGUGGGAUCGGGACAGCCCGCUCAAACAAGUGCCAUUCUUCACGGCCGAGGUGAUUGAACGCUGCAAGGCCGCUGGAGUCGAGGAAGUCACGCAGAUUGCAGAGCUAGAAGACGCCGAGCGCGACAAGGUUCUCCAGAUGAGCGCGCAGCAACUGAACGAGGUGGCUCUGUUUUGCAAUCGCUAUCCGGAUGUCGACAUGGUGCACGAGUGGCUCGACGUAGAGGUACCUGCUGGUGAGACUGCCCGUCUCAAAAUUGAUCUGAGCCGCGCCGAUGACGACUUUGAUCCAAUGGUCCUUGCGCCGUUGUACCCACAAAAAAAGCUGGAGCACUGGUGGCUUGUCGUGUCGAGCGAGGAGGAACUCUUGGCUAUCAAAAAAGUGACAUUACAACAGCAACUGUCUGUCGUGCUCGAGGUGAUCCCCCGAGCGGUGCGAGCCUCAAGCUGACGCUCUUUUCCGACUCGUACAUGGGCGUUGAUCAAGAGCAAGUGGUCGCGUUGCCUAGCCUCAGCAUGGAAUAACAUUAUGCUUCAUGUUGAUUUGAUUGGAUUUCGAAUCGAGUGACU